AUGGCAGAGGCUGGAGAUGAGAGUGAGGGUGGGGAUGAGGGUGGGGGAGGCUACACCGUGCUGGGCCUGCUGGACUCCCACCACAUCAAGGAGGCCGGUGACGCCGAAAGCCAGGUCUUCUACCUGAAAAUGAAGGGGGACUACUACCGCUGCCUGGCCGCCGUGGCCACCGGCGAUGACAAGAAGCGCAUCAUCGACUCUGCCCGGUCAGCCUACCAGGAGGCCAUGGACAUCAGCAAGAAGGAGAUGCCGCCCACCAACCCCAUCCGCCUGGGCCUGGCCCUGAACUUUUCCGUUUUCCACUACGAGAUCGCCAACAGCCCCGAGGAGGCCAUCUCACUGGCCAAGACCACCUUCGACGAGGCCAUGGCUGACCUGCACACGCUCAGUGAGGACUCCUACAAAGACAGCACCCUCAUCAUGCAGCUGCUCCGAGACAACCUGACUCUGUGGACGGCCGACAACGCGGGGGAAGAGGGGGGCGAGGCACCAGAGGAGCCCCAGAGCUGA